GUACGUUGACCUCUGUAUAUAACGACGACACCGUCUCCUCCAAGUUCCGCCACGUCUCCUCGCCGUUCGGCCAUAGCCAUCUCUCCGAUUCAACCGCGACGCUUUCAGCUCUCCGUCUCCUCCUCCGACCACCAUGGGCGCCAAAGGGUAUCUCAGCCCGGACCAGCUCGAGUUCUUCAGCUCUCAAGGUUACUUGGUGAUGGAAUCGUUCGCUCGCCCCGAGGAAAUCGAUGCCAUGAUGAGGAGGAUGGAACAGUUGGUCGACGAGUUCGACUGCUCCACCGCCUCCAUCUUUUCUACCAAGAACCAGCAGCAACACACCGACGAUUAUUUCUACGAAAGCGCCGAGAAUGUCUCGUUUUUCUUCGAGGAGAAAGCAUUUGGUGAUGAUGGGAACUUGAAGCAACCCAAGCAAUUGUCCAUCAAUAAAGUUGGUCAUGCGCUACACGAACUUGACCCGGUCUUUAAGGCCUUCUCUAGCUCAGAAAAAUUCUGUGGCAUGCUGUUAUCCUUAGGUUACAGAAAGCCUAUCAUCAUUCAGUCAAUGUACAUAUUCAAGCAACCGGGUAUUGGAGGUGAAGUAGUGCCACACCAGGAUAACUCAUUUCUUUACACGGAGCCACCUACUUGCACAGGGCUGUGGUUGGCUCUAGAAGAUGCAACAAUAACCAAUGGCUGUCUUUGGGCUAUCCCUGGAUCUCACAAGAAUGGCCUUGUCAGAAGGUUUAUUCGAGGUGAAGGGGGAGUUUCCUUUGAUCACCCUUCCCCAACCUAUGAUAAGAAAGAUUUUGUAGCAAUUGAGGUUAAAGCUGGGUCUUUAGUUCUAAUUCAUGGCGAUCUUAUUCAUCAGAGCUUUGAGAACCAGUCCUCAAAGUCGAGGCAUGCCUACAGCUUACAUGUAGUGGAUACUGAUGGUUGCAAAUGGGCGCAGUCAAAUUGGAUCAGGAGAAAAGUUGAGCCAGAGCCUCUCUUUGUAGCUUGAUCUGAUUCUGCCUGUGCUGGUGUUGCCAUGUAUGAGACGAGCAAAUUAAAUGGUCGAGGCAAUCUUGUAUAAUCAAUCGGUACAUGGAGGAACUGCGUCGAUCUUGGAGAAGUUGCUGUGGUUGCUGCCUUUGCGAAGUCAUAAAAUUCCGUUUCUUCUGUCUCUUGUCAUGGGAUCUCGAAAUGUUUGUUGCAGAAUGUAAUUCUCGGACAGGUCGCAAUAAGAAUAAGAAUGAUCUUACGCAGUACCUCACUGUAGAAAAACCCAUUGUUGGCCUGGAAGAUACAUGGCAAACGAUUUGAGAAAAUUCUACUAGUAAUGCCUGAAUUGUGUACUGCA